AUUCCAAGCUGAAUUUCCCUGGCUGACGUCAGCUGACUGCCCUGACUGGCUGCUGUGGCUGUGCUCUCCGCUCCGGACAUAGUGCUGCUGCUCUGAAAAUGCUGCUCUCUGUGCCGCCAAGGACAGGAUUCAACCCAUACAACGGAUAUACCAGCAGGGCUGGCAAAAAGCCGACAUAUGUGCCCUCCAGCUACCAGGUGGCGCCACCCAGCCCUGACCUCACCGCCGGCAGUAAUGGCAGCCUGAGUGGGGAGCCGCUGAGCAAAACCAACCUGUACAUCCGCGGCCUCCAUCCAGGAACCACAGACCAGGAUCUGGUCAAACUGUGCCAGCCAUAUGGUAAAAUUGUGUCCACUAAAGCCAUCCUGGACAAGACCACCAACAAAUGCAAAGGUUAUGGCUUUGUAGACUUUGACAGUCCGUCCGCAGCGCAGAAAGCAGUGACAGCGCUGAAGGCCGGAGGAGUACAGGCACAGAUGGCUAAGCAACAGGAGCAGGACCCCACUAACCUGUACAUCUCCAACCUCCCCGUGUCCAUGGAUGAGCAGGAGCUGGAGACGAUCCUGAAGCCUUUCAGCCAGGUCAUCUCAACGCGCAUCCUCAGAGACGCCAACGGCACCAGUAGAGGAGUGGGCUUCGCCAGGAUGGAGUCAACAGAGAAAUGUGAGACAAUCAUUCAGCAUUUCAACGGCAAAUACAUCACGACUGCACCAGGAGUUCCCGUGCCCUCUGAGCCCCUGUUAUGUAAGUUUGCAGAUGGUGGUCAGAAGAAGAGGCUCAGCCAGGGGAAGUACCUCCAGAAUGUCCGCCCUUGGACCAGAGAUGGGGAAACAGUAGGAAUGACACUGACAUAUGACCCUGCCUCAGCUCUACAGAAUGGGUUCUAUUCAUCACCCUACAAUAUGGCCCCUAACAGAAUGAUCUCCCAGACCUCCCUGUCCCCCUUCAUGCACUCACCUGUCAAUGCCUACCAGGUCCACUGCCCACAGUCCUGGAUGCAUCAUCAGUCGUACCUUAUGCAGCCCUCAGGCCAAGUCCUUACGCCGGGCCUGGAGCACACCAUGUCCAUCCAACCCACCUCCAUGAUGGGCCCCCUGACGCAGCAACUCAGCCACCUCUCUGUGGGCAGCAGCGGCACGUACGUGCCAGCCAACACCUCUAUUCCAGGGACCUAUAUCCCCCAGUUCACACAAGUGCCUCAGAGCAACAUUUCAGUAGAGGAAAGUGCCGUCCAACAACAGGUUGCCCUGGAGACGCCAACGGAACACCCAGGUUACACCUACCAGCACAGCAAGUGAAGAGAUUUUUUAUUUGUACUUGAGGCUGUCUCCUGGGCAACCUGCCGUCCGUAUAGCUCAAGUCACCUCAGCACAUAGUGACUCUGGACAGUAACACCAGACACUAGGAGGGAAAUGGACCAGACUGUCCAAAUAAGGACAAAACAAUAUUUUUAAAUCAAAGGUUAUGGAUCAGAGGUUGGAGAUGGAUACAAUAAAAAAGAAUGGAACGUUGAACAUCUAUUUAAAAAAAUGACUACAGUCGAAGAAAGAAACACAACACACUCAUUACUUUUUUUGUGCAUGUACUAACACUAUUUUUUUUUUUACUUAUUCUGGGGAGCCAGAAUAAAACUAGGAACCUAAAGUUUCAACACCAUGUGUCGUUUUAGUUAUGUUCAUUUUUUUGUAAAAUACGCUGAUUAUUUUUUUCAUUAUGUCGUUAUUUUUAAGCUUUUAUCCUGUUGUUUUUGUGCAGAUUCAAAUAAUUCAGCCAUUUUUUUUGUUCUACAUUUCAUAAUGCCAUUGUUGUUUUCGUCCACUUUACAUGGCUUGUUUUAAUUGUGUUAGUGUUUGAAGAGAGAAAGCUGAACUGCUUAAGUUAGAUGUGUACCUGUUCAGGUAGUAUCAACCCAGAAACAGGAAAUGCAGGAGAAUGAGACAAUAGUGGUAAUACUGUGAUUAGCAUUUGGGUCCCUAUUGAAAAUCCUCGCAAUAAUUCACAAUAAUCUAAAUAAAUAUGUAGAAACAAAGCUUAAGACAAUCAAAUAUAUUGAAUUGAUAAUUUCCAGAUCCUGGCCAAUUAUGGUAACUUUAUACAGGGAAAAUGUUAAUAUACCUGACAAAAAUUUUCAGUGACAAUAAUUUACUUGAUAGUUAUAUUUGGGGAAAGUAUUUACAUUUGCUGGGUUGACGCUGCUACCCUAGUUUCCUGACCCGUUGUUUAUCUAAAUUCACAAUUCUCAAGUGUUAAGCCGGUAAUGACAGUACGGCCAGUGCUGAGAUGCUUUGCUGUAUCUGUCUGCUGCUUCUUCUGUUGGAGUUUGUUUUGAGUCGGUGACUUUUUUUAUUUAAAAAAAAUGUUCUUUAUGUUUUUUUAUUCAAUUUAACUGCUCAGAUUGAUCUAUUUUAUUUU